AUGGCUCCGUCAGAAGCAUCCAUUCUAAGCAAUUUCCUUCUAUCUCCAGCUUCUUUGCCCACAAUUAUCUCCCUGCAACAAUUCACGGAACUCUUUCCAAAGCGCCUGCGCUCUCAUCCACAUAUCAGAGCUCUUUACCGGGAGCUGCAGCAACUCCGAGAGCAAGACAUGGAUUUGGUCAACGGAAACAUUGACCAAGAACUCCGUCAAGGGGAGAGCCAAAAAGCAGAACUUCGCAAAUCCAUCCUAAACACCGGUGUGGAUGGUAUGAGCGCCAAUGAUCAACGCGAGAUUGAUAUGGAUGUCCAGUUGUUUGGCCAGGCAUCCACCGCUGCGCCCAGCGAUUACCAUUCAGUGUCGAGUCUCCUCUCCGCGAUGGAGACAGCCUGUGCUAAUAUUGAACACGAAAUUUCUGGCGUUGAUAAGGACGCAAGCACUCUUCUUUCAGAGCUUAAUCUCACAGUAGGUGAAUUGAGUGAUCUGCGCUACGGCAAAACGCAAGGUCCUCUUGGGACAACAAGCGAAGACAUGAUGAAUGAAACUAUCGAUGGCUUGGAACAUCUUGAAAAUGCCUGCUACCGUAAAUCCAUCAACAUCGGACGCACAAUGCCAACAAUCCCGCUCCACCCACGCGUCUCCUCUCCCACAUCUCUCCCCAAUCCCCUCCCCCAAGUCCUCCAGACGCCAACUGGACUCGCAAUCCUCGAACUCCAAGGGACGAUCAACCUCCCAUCGCAAGAAGCUGAAGACGAAUCUACGAACCCAACCAACGAUACCCAUGAUCCCUCAAUCCCCACAUUUGAGACCCCAGUUGGCAAGCUCAUGUUCCCCGAUUAUUCGCCGCACAGGACUGCGCCUGAUGACACUAAAUGGAUGAAGAGGGUCUAUCUAUAUGUCGGUCGAUACCAGCGCAUGACGGGUGAGGUGAAGAAACUGGCGCAGCCGCUCGCUUUGGUGCAGCGGCGGCAAAAAGAGGCGACCUCUGACUCCGAUGGCGAGGAACUGGAGAUCGUCGAGAUCAUUAAGUAUAAGCUGUUCUUCAAGAAUCGGCCCGAGCCUGUCAAUAAUAGUUGA